AUGGCCUAUCCUAGGGGAUGGCGGCUUUCAUAUCACAAACAGCUCGGCAACAGUUCUCAGCAAUCCAUUUGUGUGAUUUUGGAGCGACGAGAUAAACAGGAAUUCCUUCGAUUCGAUGCCGGUGCAAUUACGGAACUAAAUUUAUACGAUUUUUCCCUCAUUAAGGAUCAGAUUGUUAAGAUUGCCGAUUUCAAGAAGCUGUUAUCCUCUGGAGCAUUUUAUUUUGCCAAGGAUCUUUCAACGGGUCUGUCAUAUGAUAUAACAAGAAGUGCACAAAGCCAUUUUCGCUUGUCCAACGUGGGUUAUAAGAUAUCGGACUCCUAUGAUCAGCGCUUUCUCUGGAACCGCGGCCUAAUGUCUUUGUUCUUCCAGCAAAGAGUCUCUCCUUCCAAGUGGGUUUAUCCUGUCAUUUGUGGCAGUUUCGGCGUUUCUACACUCUACGCCGGUUUGCAACGUGCGCAGAUCGGUGUGGUCUCACGCCUCUCUACUAUGCGUCCUGGCACGCGCUUCAACGUUCGAGGCGUUGAUGACAACGGCUAUGUUGCAAAUUUCGUUGAAACUGAAGUUUUCAUCUCUGUUGACAAGCAAGUCUUAAGUCAUGUCCAAAUACGAGGAACGGUGCCGCUGUUUUGGGAGCAGCCAGGUUUGCAGGUGGGCUCACACAAAAUAAAGAUUUUCCGUUUUGUUGAGACCUCCCUGCAAGCCUUCAAUCGGCAUUUUGCUGAAAUCCUCUCGCGUUACUCUAACACAGUCAUUUUAAAUCUCAUGGGCUCAAAGGAUGGGGAGGGCAAUCUCUCUCGUCAGUAUAAAGAGCACUGGAAUGUCUGCGAUUAUCGGACAAAAAUAAAAUACAUUCACUUCGACUACCACGCAUGCGUAAAUUCAAAGAGCCUAGAGGGUGUUCAAUCCUUGCUCUCCUCACUGAAAAAUUGUCUCGAUGACUAUGGCUACUACCACGUGGAUGGGACAGAGGUGAGGCGCCUUCAAAUUGGCGUGGUGAGAACGAAUUGUGUCGAUUGUUCAGAUCGAACUAAUAUAGUCCAGACCAUGAUUUCCACCAUGCUGCUUACCUCGCAUUUUCUCAAGGCGAUGAAUCUCCUCUCGUCUACAGGCAAUCACACGGAGCGACACGCUCAAGAGAUUUUUCGAUCCCUAUGGCUGGAGAAUGGCGACAACGUGAGUCGAAUAUACACAGGAACGGGUGCAUUGCGUAGCGACAGGUCAAAACUGCGGAAUGCACAACGCAGUGCUGCACGCACUAUCAAAAACAACUUCUUUGAUAGUGCCAAACAGGAGGCCAUGGUUUCAGUGCUCAACUGCUCCAGUCUUGUUGGGUGGCAACGUCUGGUGGCUUGCCAAUUUCUUCCACCGAGACUGCACUUCCUACCGCAGUCGGUUUUACAAAAUAUUCUCGACCGAAACGCCGAAUUUACACGCCGUGAACGGCUAAAGGUCUUCAUCGGCACCUGGAAUGUUAAUGGUGGACGAAACGUGCGAUCUCUGGCUCACUGGGAUAAUAACCUUUCUGACUGGCUGCUGGAGAGCCGCCAUAACUACACCGGUUUUCGGAACCCCUACGUUGAGUCGGAGGCCUUUACUCGCCCUACGGAUAUCUUCGUAGUGGGUUUUGAGGAGAUCAUCGAUUUGAAUGCAAGUAACGUGGUGGCAAACAAACAGAGUUCGGAGAACCAGCAGUACUGGGGCACCACACUGCAGACUCUCUUUGACCAGGCCUCGGAGACAGGUGAACCCUACGUCCUCCUCUGCACUACCCAACUCGUUGGUGUGUGCAUCUUUGUCUUCCUUCGUCUUGGCCUCUGUGAAUACGUUCGUGGAUUGGCCUCCGCCUCUGUGAAGACUGGAUUGCAUGCCAAAGCUGGCAAUAAGGGUGCUGUUGCUGUGAGGUUCCAGAUCGGUGCAACCUCGUUGUGUUUCUGCUGUUCCCACCUCACCGCUGGCCAAUCAGCUUACCGCGAGCGCAAUGCCGAGGUUCUUGACAUCUCUCAGCGCCUCACUUUGGCGCCGGACAAGCGUAGCGUCCUCUCGCAUGACUACGUCUUCUGGUUCGGUGACCUUAACUACCGCAUUAAUCGGCCCAAUGAGGAGGUGAAGUCAUUGGUCACCCGCGCUGCAUGGUCGGAGCUUCAAUACAGCGACCAGCUCUUGGUGCAGCGCAAGGCGGAUGCAGUGUUUAAGGGCUUUAAUGAAGGUCCGUUGUGCUUCGCGCCCACAUAUAAGUACGACCUCUUUUGUGAUGACUACGACACCUCCGAGAAAGCACGCUCUCCCUCUUGGACGGAUCGCGUGCUCUGGCGGCGGGCUAACAUUGCCUUCAAGAAGUCCUCUUGCAAUAACGAAUCAGAUGAGCAGAUGCUUCUCAAAAAUUUGCUAGUCUACUACAGGGCGGAGAUUAAGACUAGCGAUCAUCGACCUGUUGCUGCCGUCUUCGAUAUCGACAUUCAAGUCGUGGAACCAACAAAACGUCGUCAAGUUAUUGAAGAGGAGCUUCUCGCCGCAGGACCCGGUGAUGCUACGGUUCGUAUCAAUUGGAUAUGCGGAGACACUACAGUCACAGCCGACGCCAUUCAUCAAGCCAUUGUGGAGUUGGCCGGCUCUGCGGGCACCAUAAUUCUCACGCGUCCUCAAUGUAAUAACCAACUCCUUCUCACUUUCUCCUCGCCUCCUGAGGCUGUAGAGGCAGUCCGAUGUCUGAAUGGCAACAAGGUGUCAGUGGAGACAUCACGUCAAAAGAUCGUCCUCUCAGUUUGUCUCAACUCGACACCGCGCCUCCUAAUGAAGGAUAGUAACGGAAUAUCACACAGCCUUGAGGGCGUCUUGAGUGGAUCGCGAGUUCUGGACGAUCCAACCCGCGAGUGGCUGGAGGAGAUGCGGCAGCUGGUGGACGAGGCAGACGAGGAAUACCUGCGCACCCAUGGGCCUAGUCCUGAGCAUGCGGUAUUCCAGCCCACCGUCAGUCUGGCUCAUUUACGUCGCAAGGAGAAUGUCGCUGCAGAUGAGGUGCGUCGUCAGCGAAUUGUUAGCAUCCUUUCCAAUGAGGAUCAGGCCCUCAUUAACCUCUGGGAUGAUGAGGAUGAGGAGGCAUCUGCUGCCAUGUCAUCGAUAAUGGUGAGAUUGACGGAACAGAAGGAAAAAUGUGAUGUCUUUCAUUCCGCCGUUUCACCUCCUGUACCCCCACGACCGCCUCCUCCUGCUCCCGCGGUGCACCUGCCAGAUCUGUCAAUGUUAAAAGAGCUACUGCCUCCAAAACCGCUUCUUCACCCGGUGCAUAGUUGCAUUGACCUUCUCAGUGAACUGGACGACAGUGAGUACGCUACAACAAGUGGUCAAUUCCCUACAUCAACUCUGCAACCGCUGCCUCCAACUAUGGGAUUUGUGAGUCCCAUGUCGGCAAGUGUAUCACCACAGCACACAUCCCAGCUACCGCCGCCUCCACCACCGAAACGUCUUCCGCCUCGGCCGCCACCUCAACUACAUCCUUCGUCUCUUAAUGCCUUGCCACAACAUCUCGUCGAUUUGUCCGAACGAGGAAACUUUUGUGAUGUUGAAUUGGAUGCAAAAGCUCCUAGGUCCUUGACUCUGACACGGUUUGGUUGUAGCCGUGUCACUUUGAAAUUUGACAUUUUCUGUCGAGCCACUCGUCAGGAUCUCUGUGCUGAAGCCUUGGGAGCUCGAAAGGCUCCAAGAGAACAUGUACCCUUAUUUGCACGCAGAAUUCAGAUCACGAAUCUGACAGAACUGGAGCAUGCUUCUCCAGUAACCGCUGCAGAAUCUGUCGGACCAAAGACAUGGAGCACAAUGGAGCCCACGACAUCCGAUCGUGAUGAGGUGAAAGAGAAGGCGUGUUUUUUGGCACUCUCACCGCCGCUGAUGCCAGAACGACUACCUCCACCUCUGCCCGAACGGCCUAGGUUACCCACCUUGCAGCCAAAAUUUAUCCACACGAUCGGCCAUACGCAAGCUCACGAUGAUGUGGCCACUGCUCUUCAACGACGAGAUAGAGAUGAGUAUGAACUGCGCGAUGAACCGGAAUACGAGGAGUACGAACGCCGACGUCGACGUGAAUACGAAGAGCUGUGUCGCCGACGACGUGAUCGAUCCGAAUAG